AUGGUUGCGAUCGCUGCGGCGACAUCGGCAGUUCAUGCAGCACAUGCAGAGAUUGCAGUGAAGGAAGUGUCGAUAUCAGAUAAGCUUCUCCUCCCCGACGAGUCUCUUUGGAUCAAAGAAGGUUUGCUGGAGAAAAAGAGAGUCGGCGCGACUGUCUCGUGGAAUCCGAGGCGAGCCGUGCUGACCAAGGAUGCUCUCUUCUUCGCGAAGCCGAACACGACGUACAUCAUCGACGAGAUUCCGCUAGAAGAAAUCGUCAACAUACUCGAAGAGUUCGAUGAGGAGGAGCCCAAGGACUUCUUAAGAGAAAUAAUCGUGGAAACAUCACCUACUGGAAUCAAUGUUGGGCGAGCGUACACCUACAAGGCUGACAGUGACGAGCACAAGGAAUGGCUCGCAGCUAUAAAGAAUGCGAGGACCGAGAAGCUUGCAGAGAUUGAGUUCGAACUUCUGUCUGAGAAGGGGAAACUCCGACAGUUUCGUGCUCACGUCAAAGCGAUGUAUGAGUCCAACCCCAUGCAGGCUGCAGUCGCUGGGUUGAUUUUCAUAAGCUUCAUACUGGACCUUGCUCAAGCAGAGAUAUUGCCGGAGGAUGGCUCUGAAGCACAAGCAAAUUUCUUUAGGAUCGAUAUCUUCUUUACUGUCAUGUUCACUUUAGAACUGAUGGUCAACUUAUUUGCAAAAUCUCAAAACGCAUUUGCUGAAUUUCUGUCGGACGGGUGGAACUUGCUGGAUGUUGUAAUCGUCAUUGCGUCUGUGUUGACUGUACUUGCAUCAAACAUCCCUUCUGUCAAGGUGUUCCGUCUUGUCAGGGUCUUCAGGGUUGCGAGGAUUUUUCGCAGGUUAAAGUCCCUGAACCGAAUCAUAUCAGCAUUGGCUUGUGCUGUCUUACCCGUCGUGAAUAGCUUUCUCAUCCUCGCUCUCGUCACCUGUAUCUGGGCAGCUUUAGGAACUCAGUUCUUUCGAUUCCGUAAUGAACCAAUGUUUGGUUCAUUCUCCAAGUCUCUCUUCACAAUGUUUCAAGUCGUGACAGGCGACGGAUGGGCCUCGUCUAUAACUAGGGUAUUGUUUGACGACGAGACUCUGAGAAAUGGGACAGAUUUUGGCAUUGCUUUUUUCUUCGUCAGCUACGUUCUUAUAGCAGGGGUGGUGCUGAUCAAUGUUGUCAUUGCAGUGCUUCUUGAUGAGUUUAUCUCCUCUAUUCAGCGGGAAAAACAGGAGAUUGAAAUACGAGAGAAGAUUGAAGAGGAAAAAAGAAAGGCUCUGACACGUUGCAGCGGAAUUUUAGACCCUCUUUCUUCUCACCUCUCACAUUUCGUCACCGAUAGGGAUCUUGCAAAAAAGAUAGCAGAUGCUUAUGAAAGGCUCGAUAAUGAUGGAUCCGGUGGACUCAAUUACGAAGAGUUUCAGCGAGGGCUGAAGCGACUUCCUACAUCUUCUCCCAUCCAUCUCCAAGAUGAUGAUUUUGAUCUGCUCACAGAAGGAGGGAAACUCUGUAACUCGCGAGGAGAGUUUAGUGCCUAUCAGUUCCAAGACAUGAUGCGAGAAGAGAUCCGUCGUUAUGCACAGAGACAAGUGGCCAAUGCAAUGCAAGAGAGCACAAGCAAAGAAAUGCGCGCGAUGCUCCUCAUGAUCAAGCUGAUGGAUCAAAGAAUCGACACAAUCUCAAAGAUCGUACAUUCCUGGGGGUAUUCGAACAAAGGCAUUGCAAGGAUCAUUGAGGUGUACUACAAACAUGACAAAGACGAGAGCGGUCAGCUGAGCAGAGAAGAAGCAAUUGAGGCUUUGAAGGAACUCUCCAUACCUGCAUCAAAGCGUGAUGAAGUUAUACAGCGCCUGGACUCUGAUGGAGACGGCUUCAUUUCGAAAGAGGAGUUUUACUCAAUCUUGGAGAUUAUAGAAGAAUUGUCUGAUGAAAGGCUGAAAAACAUUGAGAGGAUGGUUGCCUCCAUACAACAAGCAAACCUUCCUCACACUACAAAGGCAGACAUGUCAAGAUAUUUUCAUGCAAAUGCCUCUCCCUCUCAGGAAGAACCGCAACGAUCACCAUUGGAGGAUGGUAAGGAACAUAAAGCGAAAUCGCGAAAGAAGAAGAGCAGUGAAGUGGGCAAGGUGUUGAAACCUGCGACUUUAGAGAGAAAGCUUUCUUUGAACUCCAUCAUGGACGGGAAAAUUCUCAAAAGUGUCGUUGACCUUGUUUUCACUGAAGGCGCUGAUAAAGAAGAGACAGAGAAACUGCAACAUGGGGUGAAAGACAAGUUUAUCAAUAAUGCAAUGCUGCCAAAAAAAUCCGGUUCCAUGCUGAGGGUUUACUCACGCCUUGACAACGAUACGAACUCGAAGUAG